AACCUGGGCUCAGCUUCUGUUUCUUCCCUCUUGUAAUCACAAAGCCCAUUUUGGACCAGGAAUUCCAGUCAUGUCUGUGAUGGUGGUGAGAAAGAAGGUGACACGGAAAUGGGAGAAACUCCCAGGCAGGAACACCUUCUGCUGUGAUGGGCGAGUCAUGAUGGCCCGGCAAAAGGGCAUCUUCUAUUUGACCCUCUUCCUCAUCCUGGGGACAUGUACACUCUUCUUCGCCUUCGAAUGUCGAUACCUGGCUGUCCAGCUGUCUCCUGCCAUCCCUGUGUUUGCUGCCAUGCUUUUCCUUUUCUCCAUGGCUACACUAUUGAGGACCAGCUUCAGUGACCCAGGAGUGAUCCCUCGGGCCCUCCCAGAUGAAGCGGCUUUCAUAGAAAUGGAGAUAGAAGCUACCAAUGGUGCAGUGCCCCAGGGCCAGCGACCACCUCCUCGUAUCAAGAAUUUCCAGAUCAACAACCAGAUUGUGAAGCUGAAAUACUGUUAUACAUGCAAGAUCUUCCGGCCUCCCCGGGCCUCCCAUUGCAGCAUCUGUGACAACUGUGUGGAGCGCUUCGACCAUCAUUGCCCCUGGGUGGGGAAUUGUGUUGGAAAGAGGAACUACCGCUACUUCUACCUCUUUAUCCUAUCUCUCUCCCUCCUCACGAUCUAUGUCUUCGCCUUCAACAUCGUCUAUGUGGCUCUCAAAUCCUUGAAAAUUGGCUUCCUGGAGACGUUGAAAGAAACUCCUGGAACUGUUCUAGAAGUGCUCAUUUGCUUCUUCACACUCUGGUCCGUCGUGGGACUGACUGGGUUUCACACUUUCCUCGUGGCUCUCAACCAGACAACCAAUGAAGACAUCAAAGGCUCAUGGACAGGGAAGAAUCGUGUCCAGAAUCCCUAUAGCCAUGGCAACAUUGUGAAGAACUGCUGUGAAGUGCUAUGUGGCCCCUUGCCCCCCAGUGUGCUGGACCGAAGGGGUAUUUUGCCACUGGAGGAAAGUGGAAGUCGACCUCCCAGUACUCAAGAGACCAGUAGCAGCCUUUUGCCACAGAGCCCAGCCCCAACAGAACAUCUGAGCCCAAAUGAGAUGCCGGAAGACACCAGCACUCCUGAAGAGAUGCCACCCCCAGAGCCCCCAGAGCCACCACAGGAGGUGACUGCAGCUGAGAAGUAGCCUAUCUAUGGAAGAGACUUUUGUUCGUGUUUAAUUAGGGCUGAGAGAGAUUUAAGGGGAGAAGAUAAACCUGAGACAGAGAGCAACCGAGCUGUCCCUUUUAUUGUUUUCCUUUGGUCUUUAUUCACCCAAUUGCACACUGGCAUUUUCUUGCUGCAAGCUUUUUUUAAUUUCUGGACUUGAGGCAGUCACGGAAGAUGUCAGUCACCUCUGGUAACUGGACAAAUGGGUCCCUUGGGCCCCGACACUGGCUUUCAAUGGCCUUAGCCAUGGAGUCUCCUUGGACUCCCUUCUCUUUCCUCCAGAUGCCAGCUCUCCUGCUUGGGGUCAUUGGCCCAAUUCUGGGGUUAAAGUUUCUUGAGACUGGCUCAAAUCCUCCCAAGCUGCUGCAUGUCAUGAGUCCAGAGGCAGUCACAGAGAACUCUGGCCAGGGAAUCCUAACUGGAUUCCCAGGGCCUUCAGAACUGAAGAGGAUGGAGAGUGGGCUUGGAGGAUUCUCCUGGCUACAAAGUGCCAACAUUGCCAGCAAAUCCUUUCAGGAAUGGGGCAGAUAACUUCCACUUGUAUUUAUUCAUGUAGCUUCUCCUCUGUCCCCUGCCCACUCUCUAACACCCAAGCCCCACUCUUUUUCAACUAGAAAUAUGUAAGUAGUUACUGUAGAAAAAACAACCACAUUUCUUGUAGACUACCCGGAAACUUUUUAAUACCUGUGCUAUUCUUAGUAAGAAUUUAUGAGAUGCCAAUGACAUGGCCCCUCGCACUCUUUGUCUCAUCUCUCCUCCUUUCUCAUUAGCCCCUUUUGUUUUCCUUUUGACUCUUGCUCCUGCUAGGAGCAGGAACAGCAGUAAUAAAAGUCUGCACUUUGGUGGUUCCUUUUC